AUGAAUAACCAGAAUACAGCAAAGGUGGCUGAAGGUUCAUCUGAAGUUCUGCCACACCAGACAAGCAAACUUUGGAUCAUUUUGAUGUGUUUGAUUGAUAAAACAGUGUUUAGACUGUGGAGAUUUUUUGUGCAGGCAUGGGAUAUAGGGUGUAAAGAGCCUAGAAAAGUUAUCCAUGGGCUCAAAGUGGGAAUAGCUCUUAGUGUCGCCUCGCUGGUUUACUAUAUGAGGCCUUUGUAUGAUGGUGUUGGAGGGACAGCCAUGUGGGCAGUUUUGACAGUUGUAAUAGUUUUUGAGUACACUGUAGGUGCCACCAUUUCAAAAUGCUUGAAUAGAAUCGUAGGAACUUUUCUUGCUGGAUUUCUUGCUCUGGGGAUUCAUUGGUUUGCCAGCAAGCUUGGAGCAAAGAUGGAGCCUGUAAUCGCGGGAACUUCUGUUUUCCUACUAGUUUCUGCAGCAACUUUCUCUAGAUUCAUUCCAUCUGUGAAGAAGCGUUUCGAGUAUGGAACUCUGAUCUUCAUCCUCACCUUCAGUCUGGUUUCUAUAUCCGGAUACCGCGUGGAGGAGCUGUUUAGUUUGGCUCAUCAUAGGGUUUCGACGAUAAUCAUAGGAACUUCUCUGUGCACUCUCUCGACCAUGCUUGUUUUCCCGGUUUGGGCGGGCGAAGAACUUCAUCUCUCGAUCACAAGUAACAUGGAUAAACUGGCCAACUCUUUAGAUUGCUGUGUAGCAGAAUACUUUGGUGAUUGUGGAGAAACCAGCAAGAGUUCCCAGGAACAUGCUAAAAAUGUAGCAGCUUGCAGAUCUGUGCUGAAUUCCAAGGGUACAGAAGACAUAAUGGCGAAUUUCGCUAGAUGGGAACCUGCUCAUGGGCAAUUCAACUUCCAGCAUCCCUGGAAACAAUACCUUAAAAUUGGCACUUCGAUACGCGCCUGCGCCUGUUGCAUCGAGACGCUAAAUAGCUGCAUCAAUCAAGAAACCAAGGGUUCAGAGUGUGUAAAGAAGGCUCUCAGUGAAGCAUGCAAGGAGCUAGGGUCUAGAACUUCAAGCAUACUGAGAGAGUUGGCUUCUGAGAUCAAGACUGGGAGCACAUUCCCCAGGGUGGAUAUACUAAUCCAAGAAAAGGACAGCGCUAUCCAAGAAAUCCAAGAACGUUUGAAGUCCAUUUCGGUUUCUGUAAUUCCGCGACCUGCAAGUUCAGGGACAAAGUUAUCCGUGAAUGAUGAGGAGGAGGAGAAAGACUCGGUUUUGGCACCAUGCAAUAAUGCUGCUAUUCCUCUUGCAGAGGCCAUUCCAGUUGUGGCAUUUGCUUCUCUAACAAUAGAGGUGGCGAUGAGGAUUGAAAGGGUGGUGAGCGAAGUUAAAGAACUGGCAAGAAUGGCAAAAUUCAAGGCUGGGGAUAGUGAAAAAUUGAAGCGGAAUCGCUCUAUUUUACUCUUAUUGAACUAA